AUGGUAGGCGAUCGCUCCCCGCAGCCUCCCAGGGAGACAUGGGAGGCUCUGAAAUCAGACAUCCGCAGGUGGUAUCUAUGGGAGAAUCAGACGUGCGAGGAUAUCCAAAAACAACUCCGUCUUCGCAGUAUUUUUGUGAGCCAGAGGCAGAUCAAGAACCGGCUGAACGAAUGGAAAUAUGAGCGCAAAAAAACUCCCCACCAGUAUUAUCUUGCCAUGUUGGUGGUGGCAGACACAUGGAAGGCUCGGGGGGGAGAGGCUGUUUUCGAGGUGCCCAAAAGGGAAGAACGAGUGACUUACAACGCUCAAAAGGUCAAGAAAGAAUGCGAAAGAAUCAAGAAAAGAUACAUCUCACGGCACCGAGGGUCUUUCAAACUACCUUCUCUUUACGAAGCAGAAUACACCUUGAGACUUGCUGGUAUCUCCUGGAAAGACAAGGAUCUUGGGCUGUUAAUGCACCCAGAUACCGCCAGACACAUGCAGCUAUAUGUCCCGCCACCGUCCUGGCAUGCAAACCUGCAUGAUCUACCACACCGGCCUCGCUCUGCGUCAAAUAGAGACAUGCUCACGAACUGCGAGAGUACUCCCACAUUAUUUCUGAAUCGACAAGACGAUAAAGACUUCCAAAUCCCAACACUUGGACCCGGGCAGCUCUGCAACAGCACUUCAGACGAGCCGGAACAUCAAAUUCGGUCUCUUUUGAUGAUAUCGCCUACAAACACAUCGCCUCAUAAUAUAUCACCUCCGAAUAUGUCGCCUCUGAGUCUAUUGCCUCAUAAUUUAUCGCCGCCGAACGUGUCACCUGCGAGUCUAUUGCCUCCGUGGAUAUCGCCUCCCAGUAUAUCGUCUCCGAAUCUAUCGCCUCCGAAUAUUUCUCCAAUAAUAUACACACCACCAAAGAUUGGCAGUCUAGAAAAAGCCUCGCCCCCGACCGAGACCGGGGCAAUGUGUGACUUCCAGAUACCCUCACUCGAGCCGAUCUCACUCGAGCCAAUCCCCUCCGUCGAAGUUCCGUGGCCGGACGACAAGGGAAACAGGGUCAACGCCAGCGAUGCGCUGUGUCAGGUGGACCCAGCUCGCUGGCCGCCGAGCCCGCCUCCUGAGACAUUCCAAGUCGAAAACGGGUUUUAUUUCCCUCCAUAUUCGACCUAUUCUAUGACUUCAGGAGCAGCUUCAGUUGUGCUUGCUUCGCCCCCUGGGACAAUCUUCAAUCCCAAUGCAUGUCGUUCAUGCCAACCACCCCAUGAUCACCAAAGCUACGAUUUCAGCGAAUCAAUCGGAUCGCUUUGUAAAGGUAUCAAGCAUGAGCAACCCGAAUACUCAGUCUACUUGCACCCUGUAUGUUCGUUUCAGGGCCCUCAUGAGGAGGAUCAUAAACUGAGCGCCAGCCAAUGGGCCGCGCCGUAUUACUUGCAAUGUUUUUCAGAGCAAUUGCAGGAGGGCAUCCUCGAAUAUCGUAAGUCUCAGUCAAUGCAAAUACUGCAGUAUGCUUUGGAGCACAACAACGAGUUCAUCCUGCCAUGUCUCAGUUGGACAAUGCUGGUGCUGGGGCAGACUCAACGAAUGGAGCAAUUGGCAGAUUUCCUUACCGUGAGCUGUUCUGUCAUCAGUUCCCAACCUGCCAUGCGAAAGAGCUUCACAUAUGAGGUGCCGUUUCGGUACGCUCUGGCCUGGGCCUGUAAUGAUCUCGAGGAGAUGGAAAUGCAUGGCGAGUCACUAGGACGGUCACACACACAAAUCGGGCAAGUCUGGGGCAGAGAGCAUCCAAAUUUCUUCGUCAGUGGCUACCUCUAUGCAUGGCACUCAAUGUGGAAAGGCGAUUAUGACCACGCAUUAAGGCUACUGACCAGCAGCCUACCAGUAUGUGAGCGGAUGAUGGGUCGCCAUGAUCUCCUGACCAUCAAUUGUUUGUCCAUCGCUGCUAGGGCUUAUGCGCAUCUAGGCCAUUUCAAAGAAGCGCUGCAAUGCUACCGCAAAGCCAUGAGUGCGACGCAACUUUUAGAAGAAGAUCAAUCUCAUGUCGAACUCCAUGGGCCCGUUCUGCAACUAUUUCGUUCAACCCUCCUAUCCCGACAUGCAAUGGUUCUUUUCCGUCUUCAAGAUCCCCUCAGCGCAGAGAAACAACUCCGGAAGGUUCUAGACAUCCGCGUUCUAACCCGCGGGGUCAAAAGCCUCAUUAUUUGGUGGGCUGCGUGGCCUCUGGCUUCCAUACUGCAGCACACCGGACAUUUCGCAGAAUCGAAUUCUCUGAUGGAGGAGUUGUUCCGAUGGCACUACUGGGAACAGGAAGCUGAAUGGUGUAUCGAGAAUGGAGAACGGCCGCCGCGGCGGCCUCGAUUUCAUUGGCUGCGAUUCGAGCGUGACCGAAUCAAAAGGGAGGAGACUCCUUCCUUCGAGGUCGUUGGGGGCCUUUAUCGUUCCCAGCUCCUCGAUGCGGAUUUGGACGUACCGCAUAAUAGCAGUCAACUCGCCCUCGCUUCCCACCAAUACAUGUGCGGAAGCAUGGAUGCCUGCCUAACUGCCGCAGCCACGUUUCCAAGCAUUCCAUCAAGUGAAGAUGAUUGGAACUUGUGGGAAUACUGA